AUGGCUGUACGAGCGCCUCGCCUUGUCCGCAACCCGUCCCGCAUCCUCUUCCGUACUCAUUUGGUCCCACGGGCUUCUCCCUUGAAACCAUGGGCCGUCCAAGCAAGCCCCUUCAGUAGUGGCACUCUUCGUAUGCAGAACAUGAAAGCACUGGUGUACACUGGGCCUGGAAAACUGGAAUUUCAAGAGCGCGCCAUCCCUACCAUCCAGUCUCCCACCGAUGCAAUUGUCAAGAUGCGCCACACCACUAUCUGCGGAACGGAUCUGCACAUCCUGAAGGGGGAUGUUCCGUCGAUAGAAUACGGUCGAGUGUUAGGACACGAGGGCGUUGGAUCGAUCGUUUCUGUGGGAUCUGCAGUGAGCGACUUCAAGGCCGAUGAUACCGUUCUUAUUUCCGCCAUCACAGGAUGCGGUGUCUGCCCUUCUUGUCGCAGGGGGAUGAGCUCCCACUGUUCCAGUGGCGGGUGGCUCCUGGGCAAUUCCCAGGAUGGCACGCAAGCCGAAUACGUGAGGAUUCCUCACGCAACAUCUUCCCUGUACAAGAUCCCAGCCUCUAUUGAUCCCAGGGCCGCCGUGACCCUGUCCGACGCGUUUCCUACUGGGAUGGAGUCCGGAGCCAUGAAUGCCUGCGUUCAACCGGGGAGCACCGUGGCCGUCAUCGGCGCAGGUCCGGUUGGCCUGGCAGCGAUGCUGACAGCAAAACUAUACUCACCUUCGUACCUGGUAGCCAUCGAUCUGGAUGAGACCCGACUGGGCCAUGCAAAGAGACUGGGAGCCGAUGAGACUGUGAAUCCAAGCUCCCCGGGCGCCAUGGAGGCCUUGGAGAAGGCGACUGACGGUGUGGGAUUUGACGCUGUUAUUGAAGCAGUGGGCGUACCGAAGACGUUUGAGCUCAGCCAGAAACUGGUUGCUCCUGGAGGUUCCCUUGCCAAUGUCGGAGUUCAUGGCCAGAAAGUUGAUCUGUAUCUCGACAAGCUUUGGGACCGCAACAUCGCCAUACGGACCAAGUUGCUGGAUGCGUACACAAUCCCGACGCUUAUUCGGCUCUCUAGCAGGGGAAUAAUUGAUCCAGCUACCUUGCUCACGCAUCAUUUCCCAUUCUCUCAAAGUCUCGAGGCCUAUGAAGCUUUCAAGGCAGCGUCCGUACAAGGAACGCUCAAGGUUGCAAUUGAUUUCUAA